CUUGUGUAUAUAUGGAGACCCAUUUUUACCCCAAUGGCUUUCCAUAGAACAGUGUCACUACGUCAGAAUUUGAAUAGUUCACCACUUUAGUGUCAGAGAGUGAGAGAGGCUUUCAGGAACAGAGGAAUAAGGAUCAUGAGAAUCAUGACCUCUCUUCAACACUUUAGAUCAGGUUUAUUCUGUACCUUGUACAGAAAUUUCCUCUGUCAAACGUUUUUGUUUAUCGCCUGUGUCAGCCCUUUUGCACCCACGAUGCCCAGCUUGCGUUCGGCGUUCUCUGCCACACGCAGCACCAGCCUGCUGGGUGGCUUUCAGCGAGUCGUGACCUUUGACCACUUGCUUGUCAACGUGGGUGGUGACUUCAACCCGGACACAGGGCUCUUUCGUUGCAGGAUCGCCGGUGCCUAUUACUUCACACUGACGGUUGGAAGGUACCCCAAGAAGUUUCUGUCUGUGAUGCUGGUAAAGAACAGACAUGAAGUGCAAGCGAUGGCUUAUAAUGAGUACAGGAAUCAAGGACGAAAGGUGCAGAGCCAGAGUGCCAUGAUUAGCCUGUCACCCAUGGACACAGUUUGGCUGCUGGUGCAGCAGAACCCAGACUAUGCCCUUUACAGCAAUGUUGCCCCUUAUAUCACUUUUUCCGGCUAUCUUGUAUACCCAGAGUUUGCAUCUUCUAUGGGAUACCUAAACAAGUACCUUGGCCCUGAGUGCUUGCCCCCUGGAUAUGCCAGUUAUAGCUGGAGAGAAACCCCUGAGGAGCUUAUGUCUGCGUUUUCAGUAGCUAGGACAUCCUCUGUGCUGGGGGAAAGCAGUAGACAUGACAAGAGGGAGGCUCUGAGGUUUGACGUAGAGUAUGUCAACAUUGGUGGCCAUUUUAACAAGUCAUCUGGCCAGUUCACAUGCCGAGUGCCAGGAGUGUACUUCUUUGCAUUCACAGUGGGGAAGCACCCUCGACGGGCUGUGUCGGUGAAGUUAAUGAAAGGGACAGGAGAGGUGCAGGCCAUGGUGUUUGAUGAGGACACGUCACGAAAAAGAGGGAUGCAGAGCCAGAGUUUGUUGUUAGUUCUGAACCAAGGAGACAUCAUUUGGCUUUACAGCCAACAAGAUGAGCGCUACGCUGUUUACAGCAACCAGGGACGCUACACAACCUUCAGUGGGUUUCUAGUGUACCCCAAGUCUGAUUUCAUGGACAAGGAAAGAACUUUCUAGUGAAAUCUAGACCUUGACUAGAAACCUUUAUUAGGCUUACUAACAUCAUGUAUGCAUUAUACCAUCAGUGAUUUUUUUAAUGAUUAAAAUAGAUUGUUCUAUUUUCCCUAUUGUAAAACAUCUUGUAUAUGUUUGUGCAGGUAGGACAUAGUAUUUGGAUUUUAGGCUGACCAAUAAGCUUUGUUUUUUUUUAAAAUAAACUUUAUUGUCUUUGAGUAAUUUUAUGUAAACAGGAAAGCAUUUAGCAGGCAAAAUAGUAGAUAAUUUACAGGAUAAACAGUAUGACAGCGGCUGCUUAACAUAAACGUGGAUUUUAGCGUGUGUUUUAUUUGAUACUUU